AUGCUAGCCGAUGUUUCACAGAAACGGAACGGUGUGAAGUGUGUAUUUGCCGAUGUCGAGCAUAUCGACCAAUUCAGCGCUUCCGCCAUCGAUGAUUUACUGGCCACAGUUUCCUCCACUAUAGAGGAAGCGCAGGCGCAGGGGAAUCCGGUCAAAGUGAUUAUGAUGUGCAAUCCGCAUAACCCGGUCGGAAGGUGCUACGAUGCCGAAGUCAUGGGGGCGAUACGGCAAUUUUGCCAUCAACGUGGACUACAUUUGGUCGUGGAUGAGAUAUAUGCGCUAUCGGCCUUUGGGGAAACAUUCUAUAGCGCAUUGAGCUUGGAGGAGAUGCCAACGGACAACGUGCAUGUCUUAUACGGGAUAAGCAAGGACUGGGGUUGCAACGGGCUGCGGAUGGGUUUCAUGAUUUCAUACAACGAGCAUGUUAUAACAACACUGAAACGAGCUGUCGGGCGUCUCACCCGAUUCUCUUACUUAUCCGAAGAUUUCUUUGUCUCAUUCAUGUCGGACCAUGCCUUCAUUGACGAUGUAUACAUCCCCACACUUCGUCAACGCUUGAUCGCAACACGGACAAAGGCCAUCAAGUUUCUUACAGAGUACAAAAUCCCGUACAUCCCGUCAACUGCCGGAUAUUACUUAUGGAUUGAUCUGAGUCGCUGGGCGAACAUGUUCGAAGAGCGCAAUUCAGAGACGCCGGAUAUUCAAUUGGUGCGGCAAAUGGUUAAGCAUGGAGUGUUCGUGCAGCCAAACAAAGCGUUCAUAUCAAAGGAGAAAGGUCGGUUUCGCAUUGGAUUUAGCCGUGAUGCAGUGACUUUGAGUGAGGGUUUAGAGCGGUUGCGACGGGCAUUGGGAGAGGUGGAAAGCAAGUAA